CUGACGCAUCUCCUGUUUUGCAGGCUGGACGGGAUGAAAGCACCAAUGUGGACGAGGCCCAGGCUAUUCAAGAUGCCAAGGAAAUCUAUGAGGCUGGUGAGGCUCGAUGGGGCACAGAUGAGGUUAAAUUCCUCACAGUGCUUUGUGUGAGGAACCGAAACCAUCUGCUGCGAGUGUUUCAGGAGUAUCAGAAGAUUUCUGGGAGAGACAUUGAGGAGAGCAUCAAGAGGGAGAUGUCUGGCUGCCUGGAAGACGUCUUUCUGGCUAUAGUGAAAUGCAUCAGGAACAAGCCGGCUUUUUUUGCUGAGCGAUUAUACAAAUCAAUGAAGGGCCUGGGCACUACAGACAGUGUUCUUAUCCGGAUAAUGGUAGCCAGGGCUGAGAUUGACAUGUUGGACAUUAAAGCACAGUUCAUGAAGAUGUAUGGAAAAACUCUACACUCCUUCAUCAAGGGAGACACAUCUGGUGACUACCGCAAAAUCCUGCUCGAGCUCUGUGGAGGCGAGUAAAGAAAAUCUCACUCCAACAUUCAGCCAUGCGUUUACUCUGGAAUCUACAAUAUUGGCUUUUUUUUAUUACAGUUUGUUCAUCUGUGCUUUUUACAUUUCACUGUGCCUUAUUUGACGCUUUCUAAAGACAAUUAAACCAAAGAUCAGUGACCUGU